AUGACUACAACAGCAAUUGAAAUAAUAUCAUCUGAUGAUGAAAAUAAUAAUGAUACAACAGCAAUUGAAAUUAUAUCAUCUGAUAAUGAAAUUAAUAAUGAUACAACAGCAAAUACAACUGAUGGUAAUUUGGAAGAAUUAAUUAAAAAUCAACAAAGAGAAGAUUCAUCAUCUAACAGUCAUGAACAAGAAGAAUUCACAAAUUUAUCGAAAUCAGAGAAAUUCACCAGAUUAAAUAAUUUAAUUGAAAAAUCUCAAAUUUAUUCUCAAAUAAUUGCAGAUAAUAUUCUUCAGUCAAGUUUAAAACAAAAGCAAGAGAAGCAAAAUAAUAAAACUCCCUCACCUUUAAAGAAGAAAAGAAAAGCAAAUGAUUUCACUAAAAAAUCAGAGAUAAGUGAUGAUACAACUUCAGCAAGAGCGGCUCUUGAAAAAGCUCAAACAACACAUUCAAUAUCUCAACCUGACUUGGUUUCAGGUGGUCAAUUAAAAGAUUAUCAAUUAGAUGGUUUGGAGUGGUUAGUAACUUUAUACCAAAAUGGAUUAAAUGGUAUAUUAGCUGAUGAGAUGGGUUUAGGUAAAACUUUACAAUGUAUUACAUUCCUUGCUUAUUUAAUUGAAAAUGGAAUUAAUGGGCCGUUUUUGAUAGUUGUCCCACUAUCAACUUUAGCCAAUUGGUACAAUGAGAUUAAAAGAUUUACCCCCGACGUAAAUGUGCUUAUGUAUUCUGGUAUAAAACAAGAAAGAGCUAAUAUAAAUUUAGAAAAUUACAAGAACCAUAUUGUAUUAACCUCAUAUGAAAUUUCAAUUAAAGAUUUUAAAAAAUUUUCAAGUAUUUCUUGGGAAUAUUUAAUUGUUGAUGAAGGUCAUAGAUUGAAGAAUAGUCAAUGUUUAUUGAUUAGAUUUUUGAAAAAAUUGCAAGUAAAUAAUAGAUUGUUAUUAACAGGUACUCCAUUACAAAAUAACUUAAAUGAAUUAUGGUCGUUACUUAAUUUCAUUUUACCUGAUAUAUUUCAUGAUUUAGAAUUAUUUCAGCAAUGGUUUAAUUUUGAUCAAUUAACAAAUUUUGAACAAGAUGAAGAAGAUGAAAAAACCAAAAAAUUAAUGAAAUUAAAUAUUCAAGAAACAUUAAUUAAAAAUUUGCAUACUAUUUUAAAACCAUUUAUAUUAAGACGUUUAAAAAAAGACGUUAUCAAAGAUUUACCUGCGAAAAAGGAAUACUUGAUUCAUAUUCCUUUAAGUGAUUUGCAAAAGAAAAUAUACCGUGAUGCUUUAAAUUAUAAUUUACAACAAGGUUUAAUAGAAUCAAAUUUAAAAGAAUUUAUUGAGUAUAAUCAUAAAAAGUUGUUUGAAAACUAUGAUAUUGACGAAUUUUUGAAAAAUGUAAAUAAACUAAAACCAAAAGAUAGAAAACAAGUAGUACAUUAUCAAGAAGCAUUAAGUGAUGACGAAUUUAUAGAAGAAGAUGAAGAAUCUUCAUAUUUCAAUGACAACUCGAAACCAAAAUUAAGCUAUGAAGAAACUCUCAAACAGUUAAAAAAGAUAUCAAAAACAAAGGAUAAACAAGAGUUUUUAAUUAUUAACCUAUAUCAACAAAUCAUUAAUCAUAUAAAGCAUUUGAAAUUACAGUCAUUGAAAUUAAUUCAAUUGAGAAGUAUUUGUAAUUCUCCAUAUCUAUAUUAUGAACCAUUUCCUGUUGAUGGAUCCAAGGACAAGGAAUUUAUUGGAAAAUUAUUGGAAAACCUGUGUAAAAUUAAUGCAUUGAGUCAAAUUUUACCUCAAUUAAUUAAAAAUGGUAAUAAAUGUCUUAUUUUUUGUCAAUUUACAAAGAUUAUGGAUCUAAUUCAGGAUUGGUUAGUUUCAGAGAAUAUUGAUGUAUGUAGAUUAGAUGGUUCAACAUCACAAGUGGAUAGACAAAAACAAAUUAUUGCAUUCAAUGAAGAAGGUUCACCUUUCAAUGUAUUUUUAUUAUCAACAAGAGCAGGUGGAUUAGGUAUAAAUUUAACAGCAGCAGAUACAGUUAUAUUAUUUGAUAGUGAUUGGAAUCCUCAAAUGGAUUUACAAGCAAUUGAUAGAGUUCAUAGAAUUGGUCAAACUAAACCAGUAAAAAUUUAUAGAUUUGUUGUUAGAAAUUCAAUUGAAGAAAUUUUAAUUACAAAAGCAAGUUCAAAAAGAUUUUUGGAGAAAUUGGUUAUUCAAAUGGGUGAAUUUAAAUUUAAUAAGUUGAAAAAAGCUUUUAAUAAAAACGGUGAGGGAGAUGAUAAUAAGGAUGAUGACGAUGAAGAGAAUAUGAGUGUCAGUGAAUUAUUAGAAUUGAGUAAACAUAAUUUUUUACAAAAUGAUAAAUCAAAUGAUGAUACUGUACUGAAUUUGAACAAUAAUGGACUUUUUUUUAAUAAACGUGAAAUGAAGGAAUUGUUAGAUAGAUCAAAAAAGUGUUAUACAAAAACUGAUGAUGAAAAAUUUGAUAAUAUUACAGUUUUUGAAACUACUGUUAUGGAUAAUUGA